AUGAGCGCCAUCGAGGUGCCAGACCAGAGCUUCGACUCUUCGUUUGAUGCAUUCCUGCAGGCACCGACGUCGAACUCGUCGCCCUCGAACCACCACCUCGUCGCCACGUCCAACCCGCACUCCCCCGCAACGUCUUCGUCGCUCUCGCAUGCCCGAUCUCAGGACGGCGCACCGACCACCCCGAACACCAUCACCACCGCUGCCGACGCGUUCGGCGGCCUCGACGCUGGCGAGGCGGGCAUGAGGCCCAGCUCGUCGGGCGGCAAUCUCCAUCUCAACAUUUCCAACCUCUCGGUCAACAACUCGUCCGAGCACGACCUGUUUGUCGCCCAGCAUCAUCACCAGCACCAGCACCAGCACCAGCAUCAGACCCAGCCAUCGGGCUAUCCGCUCGGCGGUCUCUCGCACAUGUCCCACCAGCGAUUGCAGAACGAUUUCAUGCUUGGCGGAGGGGGAGCGGCAGGACCGGCGGCGUCGUCGCCCCACUCGGUGGGCGCCUCGCCCAGCUCCGACGUGCACGGCGCAGGCAUGCCGCCGUCGCCCUCGUUCCACGCCAACGGUACCACCGCCUCUGCAGGCUCUCCGGCGUCCAAGCCGGCCCAGGGGCCGAUGGGCGGCCGUGCCUCGAACGCUGCCAGCCGCUCGUUUGGCGAGCCAUCGACCAAGCGUGAGCCCUCUGUGCCGACGCUGGGCACCCAGAGCGACUAUUCCCAGCAGCAGCAACAACAACAGCAGCAGCAGCAGUCGCUCGGCAUGCCCAACCUCGCCGCCGAGGGCGACGUCUCGGUCGACGACCCGCAGCUGCUGGGCGGCCAGACCGAGGCCGACCUCGCCGCAGAGAAGCGGCAGAGCAGCAAGUUCGUCUACAAGCUCUUCCGCAUGGUCAGCGAUCAGGACUACCAACACCUCAUCAGCUGGAACCGCAACGGCACCAGCGUCAUGGUGUGCAACUUUGACGAGUUCGCCAAGGAGGUGCUGGGCAAGCACUUUAAGCACAGCAACUUUUCGAGCUUUAUCCGGCAGCUCAACAUGUACGGCUUCUACAAGGUCAACAAGACGCCGCGCGGCCACCGGCAGUCGGUCGACACGCAGAUCUGGGAGUUUUCGCACCCCAAGUUCCUGCGCGGGCGGCCCGACCUGCUCGACGACAUCCGGCGCAAGGCGCUCGACUCGGAGCACGCGCGGGUCGAGGCGAGGGACCUCCAGUACAGCGUCAGCGUGGGACAGAUGCAGCUGCGCCAGCAGGUCGAAGAGAUGUCGUACCGGCUCGACGACCUCACCGAGCAGAACGCCGCGCUGCGCAGCUUCAGCGUGCAGCUUCGCGACGUCCUCGGCGUCGUGCUCGAGCACAUCAAAAAGUCCAACGGCGGCCAGGUUCCCUUCGACGUGCGCAUCCCCACGCUCGAGAUGCCCUCGCCAAUGCCGCCGUCGGGCAUGUGGACGCCGCAGCUGCACGAGAACCCGCCCAUCUUUGUCACGGAGCCCGAGUUUGGGCUGGCCGGCCAGCAGCCGCGCCCGUUCGGAGCGGGCAACGCAGCCGACCCGUCCAUGUUUGCCGCCGGCGUCGGCCAGGACCCGUUCUCGAUGAGCGCGCCCGGCUCGCGGCGGGUGUCGCACGGCUCAAACAGCGCCCACGGCCACGGCGCACCGGGCGGCAACGAGGCCUUGAUGGCGAUGCGGCACGGCAGCUUGUCGGACCAGGGCAUGAUGCCGCCCCCGCCCCAGCGGAGCGCGUCGUUCGAGGGCCAGAUGCUGCCCCCACAGUACGGCGGGCACCGACCGUCGUUCAGCAAGGCGCCGCUGGCGGGUCUCGCCAUUGACACGUCGGCGGCGGCGGGGGGCGGCCCGCUGUUUCCCAACCAUCAGGUGCACCAGGGCAUCUCGCCGACGUCUUCGCAGGGCGGCCUGAUGGCGGCCAAUGCGGGCUUUGGUCCGUUGAGCAUGCCGCCGUCGCCGCUCACGCCGCAGCACCAGGCCAUGUUUGCGGCCAUCAACACGCCGCUGCCGCCCUCACCGGCGCCCAACGCCAUGAAUGGGGGCCAGUUUGGGCCCUUUGAUCCGACGUCGCCCUACCUCCAAGGCAACGGCUUCGUGCAGCCGCCGUUCUCGGCGGGCACGCACGAGGCGGGCUUCUUCUUCGGCGGCGGCGGCGGCGGCGAGGGCGAUGGGCCCAACGCAAAGGCAAUGAGGACGCCACUGAAGCGGACGGCGUCGAAUUCUGGCCCGAGCCAGCACGGCACGCCCGUGCUGGUGCAGCAGGCAGGCAUGCAGGGCCCCCUGGUCUCACCCGGGCUGAUGAAGCGGAAGUCGCCGGUGUGA